AUGGCUGUGGCUCCCCAGGUGUCGGUUGCUGCUGCUGUAGAUGAUGAUGAUGAUGACGAUUUGCAAGGACGUAAACAAGCUCAAGCUGACUAUAUCUACUUUGUGAAGAACACAUAUUCCAAACAAUGUGCUUUGCUGGGCUAUAAUUUUCAUGCACAGUUAUGUUCUUUGGGCGUUUAUGAUCUCAUUCCCUACGACCAGGAUACUAGGUUGAUAUCGGUGACGUUGAUGUACAUAUUCUACAAAUAUCAACUACACCCGUGCGAUAUUGCUCUUAACCUUGCGACAGCAUUGAUCUACAUACAAGAAACCCCGAGGGAAAUGUUGGAGAAGUUGGGCAGACUCGGGCACAAUGCAUUCAACAUAGUUGUGUAUUAUACAUAUUUAGCUCACGCGUGGAAUGAUGAUGUAACGAUAAAAUUGAAAGAUUGGUACAAUGAAGUUGGCCGGCUCUAUUUUCCCUCGAUUGCCGCUAUGAACGAUUUUGUAUGGGCGAUAUUUUCCGAAGGUCGAGGCUUUCAUCUUUUCGUAGAAGAGCGGCGAGUCGGUCGGUAUGUAAAGAAGCUCUGCUCUUUGCCGAUGUGA